AGUUUCUCAUAGAGCACAGACCUUGACACCCCUCAGCUGCAGAGAUGAAUAAUCAAACAGUAACCUACUCAGAAGUGAAUCUGGCUAAGAACCCAAAGAGGCAGCAAAUCAAACCUACGGAUGCUGAUAGAUCCAUUUCAAUCACUGAGCAGGAAAUAACUUAUGUGGAAUUAAACCUUCAUGGUGCUUCCCAGGAUCUUCAGAAGAAUGACAAGAAUGUCUGCUGUAAAGCAUCUCAUUGUGGCCAUUGUCCAGAGGACUGAUUAUCCUGUACCAACAAUUGCUAUUAUAUUAGUAGUGAUAAAAAAAGCUGGACUGAGAGUCAGAUGGCCUGUGCUUCUAAGAAAUCUAAUCUAAUAUAGAUAAUGAAGAAGAAAUGGAGGUUAUGGACUUUCUAUCAUCUUCUUCAUGGAUUGGACUCUCUCGUGAAAACAGUGAUCAUUCCCGGCUGUGGAUAAACGGCUCACCAUUAAACCAAAAAUUCCUUUACAUACUCAAAAGCAGUCUGAAGGAAGCAGAUUUUUAAAAUGUCUUUUUAGGAUAACUAAAGGAUAAUUUGAAUUCAUUUUCUUAGCAUCUGUUAAUAUCCCAGUCAUCACUGGCUUUUGGUCAUCAUAGACAUACAGCUUCCCCCUUAGAAGCACAACGUGGCUAUCAGGCUAACAUCAGAUUCUCCGCUGCCUCCAUGGAGAUUCAUUGCUGAGAUCCUGGGAAUUAUCUUUUUUAAAUUAAUGUUCAUAGUGGUUAUCGUAGCAGUUCUCAAUAUUCCUGUUUUUCUAGCUAUUGGAAUACUGGAAGUGAACAGAACCCAGAAAGCAUAUCACUGUGGCCAUUGUCCAGAAGACUGGUUAUCCUAUUCCAACAAUUGCUAUUAUGUUAGUAGUGAUAAAAAAACCUGGACUGAGAGUCAGAUGGCCUGUGCUUCUAAAAAAUCUAAUCUGAUUUAUAUAGAUAAUGAAGAAGAAAUGAAGUUUAUGGACAUUCUAUCAUCUUAUUCAUGGAUUGGACUGUCUCGUGAAAGCAGUGAUCAUUCCUGGUUAUGGAUAAAUGGCUCGCCUUUAAAGCAAAAGAUAACAGAGCCAUCAAAUCCCAUGUACAACUGUGUAACGUUCCUUUCACCUGACCUUCAAUCAGCCAGUUGUGGAUCUGAAACAACAUACAUUUGUAAGCUUGAGAUGUCGAGUUAAAACACAUGAGUUUAGCGUCCUUCCGGUAUCUGUAUUAUUUACAAAGUGGAAAUAAUACCAUGAUUGCAAAAGUUUUAUAAGCAAUUACAUUAUUUGUUCAGCUGGAAGCUCCACAUUGGAACCCUCCUGGACUUUACCUUACAUCCUUCUUCUCUUGACUGAUUUUUAUCUGCACCCUUUUCUGUAACAAAAUAUAACUGGGAGUAUAACAAUUUUCUCAUGUUUCUGAGUCUUUAUAUUGUUAAAUAUGCUUACUUACCUGUUUGAUUUUGUAACAAAAUAAAAAUACCUAAAUUAUUGCAGUUUUGUAAGAAAUCUGAAUAUCUGGUUGUGUGAGUUCUCGAUUUUUUAAUUCUUUUGUAUAUUAUUGGCCAUUUACAUUUCAAUACAAUUUUUAAUACAGCUUAAAGGUUUCC